CGCCCGUCGCUUGCCCUUCAUCUCGCUCCUCCCUCGCUCCCGUCACUGCCACACGCGCGGACAGGGAGGCGGAGGAGCGCAUUGCGGCUCGCGAACCUCGACUCGUUCACAUCAUCACCAGCCCCCACCACCACCACCACCACCCGACUCCCCGAGUUCUCUCGCGCCUGCACGGGUUGUCCGCGAGUUUCGCGGCAGACAGCUGCCUCCAGCAUGAGCUCACCGGCCGAGAUCACGGGGCGUUCGCCCCCCAAACUCCACAACUCAGUGGGGGUCUUGGGCAUCACCGCAGGGUCCCUGCUGCUCGCCAUCGAGAGCUACGCCCCGGGCCGCUUCGAGCCCACGGCGCUGGGCCUGCUGCUGCUCGUCGUCUCCGCACUCCUCGCAUUCGCAGCCAUCCGCAGGCUCCAGUGCGAAGCGUCGGUCUUCGUGAACCUCUGCCUCAUCCUCUCGGCGCUCUGGGCCGGCCAGGGGGUCAUCAUGGUGCUCAUGGGCCAGGGGGCGAUCGGCCGCGACGAGCACAGCACGCGGCUGGCCCUGGCCCCGGGCCUCGUGGCCUUCGCCCCGGCCUGUCUGCUCCUCUGCUUCGUGGGCCUCUCAAGGGCCCCACGCUGCUCGCCGCGAUGUCGGGCGCCGUGGCCUUCGCGCUCUCGCACCGCAUCGCGCUCCUCUACGCGGGCCCAUGCCGCCGCGCCGGGAUUCGGCUCCUCCGGGGUGGCCGCCAGCUACCUCGUGGUGGCCCUGGUGGGCCUCUACUACGGCGCGGGCCGCAUCGCGCACUACCUGAGCAGGGGCGCGCUGGGCCUGCCCGGCACGGCCGGCUCCAACAAGCAGGGCGCCCGCGGCGGAGAGGCCGCGGCGAGGAGGAAGCGCGUCCCGGGAGACGCCAACGAGACGGCGGUGGCCGGGUACGCGGCGUGCGCGCUCGCGGCCAGCGUCUUGGGCUGCAGGGCGCUGGGCAUCACCGCGCAGCUGAGCGGGGGGCAGGUGCCGUGGCUGGGCGCCGCCUUCGCCCUGCAGCUGCUCGUCUCGGUGCUCUCGUUCCGCUCCAACGACGCGCUCGGCGGCGUCUUCUUCGCCUUCGCGUCACUCGUCAGCAGCGGCGCCGGCCUGCAGCUGGGCCUCUGGGCGUGGCACCGCGAGGGCGGCGUCCUGGACGGCUCCGUCUCCCUGCUGCCGCCCCCGGCUCCCGUCGUCCUCGCCGUGCUCUUCCUCGUCGCGUCCCUCGCCGCCGCCGACCGCAGCCUGGCCGAGGUGGCGGUGGGCCUGGUGCUCGCUGCCUCCUGCGUGGCCGUCGCCUCCGACUCGAUCGGCUUCCUGGGGGUCGCGUCGCUGCGCGCCGCCGUCGCCGUCUUCCUCGCCGCCCUCGCCUUCUUCUUCGUGCGCCUCUUCAACCUCGCGGGCGGCGACAUCCGCAUCCCCGUGGGCCAGGGGAUGGUCACGCGUCUCGUCUGCCGCCGGGGCGGCUACGCGGCCGUCUUCCUCACCGCCGAUCACGACUCGGCGGCGCCCGUGCUCGGCUACUCGCGCUACACGGACGCCGAGUCGCUGGGCCACGCGUGCAACGCCUUGGCCGCCUUCGGCAUGACCCUGGCGGCGCCGGCGGACCCCGCGGCGGGGCCCCUGGGCACGCUGGUGCUGCCCUGGGUGGUGGUGGCCGGCGGGCUCCUGCAGUUCGCGGCGGGCGCCAUCUCGUUCUCGCGCGGCAAGACGCUCGAGAGCACGGCGUUCGUCUUCUACAGCCUCAUGUGGCUCAUCUGGGGGGUGACGCGCUACGCGGGCCUCGCCGCCGCGGGCGAGCGCGGCUUCGACCUCUCGGCGGGGGUCAUCUGCUUCAUGGUGCUCAAUCUGUUCGUGGCGCUGGGCGCCGUCUUCCUCAGCAAGAUGUGGUUCGCGUCGGCGCUCUGCUUCGAGCUCAUCAUGGUGAGCUUCCUGCUCGAGGCGCUCGGCGCGCUGCCGCGCCGCUACGACGAGGCCGUCACCGUCAUCUUCGGCCUCGUCAGCUGCUACUGCUUCGCGGCGUCGCUCUCCACGCAGACGCUGCACCGCUUCGCGCUGCCCGCGGGCAAGCCCUGGAUGCAGCUGGGGGGCCCCGCGGGCGCGGCGCACGCCUCCUGCCCGCACCUCCCGUCGCGCAAAGCCUCCUCCGUGCAGCAGAUCGCAGAGAUCAUGAAGAACGGGGGCACGUGCGGGGUGCCCACGGACACCGUGUACGUGCUCGUGGCCGCGUGCAACCGCCCCGAGGCCGUGAGGAAGGCGUACAGGAGCAAGAAGCAGGCUGAGCACCGGCCCAUGUCGCUGUGGAUCUCGGGCACGCGGCAGCUGGAGCCGGUGCGCCACCUCUUCUCGCCGCUGCUCUGGGGCCUCAUGGAGGCCGCGUGGCCCUCGUCCGUCAGCCUCGUCAUCAAGAGGGGGGAGUGGGUGGACAGCCUGGGCAUGGGCGACGCCGCGUCGCUCAUCGGCACUCCGGACAGCAUCGCGGUGCGCUACCCGGACUGCACGGUCACCACGCAGCUCAUCGACCUGGUGGGCCCCAUCGCGGUGACGUCAGCGAACCCCACGGGGGAAGCGGACACGACUCAUCACAACCAGGUGUACGCCAAGCUGGGGGCACAGGUGGACGGGGUGCUGUGCGAUGGACCCUCCCCGGAGAACAUCGCCUCCACCGUGGUGGACUGCACCAAGAUCGAGGAGGGCGCCAUCAAGUUCUUCAGAGUCGGCCUCGUGCCCAAGAACAAGGUUCUACAAAUGUUCGAGGAGGUGCGCGCCCGCCUGCAGCCGCUGCCCCGGGGCGGCAUCACCAACGUGGGCUUCGAGCAAGGAGAAGACGAGGACCGACACUACCACCACUACCACCACGAGGAGGAGGACAGAGAUGACGCCCUCUUGAUCGCCGGCGGCGCGAUGAGAGAGGAGUCUGACGCGUGACCCUUCCGGCGUGUUUCCUGGGAGGAGGUGUGGGGGGGGGGGCAGUGUCGGAUUAAGCUAGUGCGGGGCCUGUAGCAUAUGUUAAAAAGGGGCCAUGAAUAAAAAAAACGUAGAUAUGAAAACACACAUUUUCAACUUGCAUAGUAAAGUAAUUGUAUUUUUUCAUUUGCUAUACGGACAGAUAAUACGACAAAUGGCUAACCUUAAACACAGUCGUUCAUAAAUGUUGAAGGUAGUCUAGUACUAUGGUAAUAGAGCAAGUGCAGAAUUACUGAACCGGGAUUGAUAUCUUGAAAGCAUUUAGCACGGGGGCCUUGAAAGUGCGGAGCCCGUAGCUACUACAUAUGUAGCUACUUUUGCUACGAGGUUAAUCAAUCCGCCACCUCAAGCCAGGCCCGGGUCCCCCCCCCCCCCUCCGACAUCAACAAGACGUCCGUGCCCAGACAGCGCUCGCUUAGCUUACAUAUCCAGCCGUGAACGUGCGAAACGUAUUAUCAGCAUCCAGCAGCAGCAGCUGUGAUAAAUCCACCUGCUUCAUCCUUGUAACUUGUACGAAUGAGACGUAUGUUAAUUAAUUUUUGUUUUGCUUUUGAUGUUUUGGUGAGCCCCCCGAUCACACUUGCGAAUGAGACGCAUCCUUGGACUCUUGAGUUCUCGCCCGGCUACACAACAUAACGGCGGAGGGUGAAGCACUGCUGGAUGUGCAGGAGCUGAUUUAAUCGCUCCAUCUCCAUUGUCGAGGUCCUGUCGGGCGUGUUCCCUCCUCUAGCUGCUCAUCCGGUCUAUGUUCUAAUUCCUUCAAGCUGUCUGUCCUGCUCCCGUAUGUAUGUAUUAGGGACGUGCGGUCAGGGGAGGCAGGGGGAGGCAGAGCCUCACCUGUCAUUCUCCAAUGAAAAUAGCUGUUACGAAAAAUAAAUAAAAAGAAUAAUCAAAUGAAAUAAAUAUUAAGAUUUUUCCACUGAUCUGUGUUAUGUCAUUUCUGUAUAACUCCAAUCAUUUUUAUAAUAAAAAUCGCCAAAUUUGCGGA